UGCAAAAAUUUUGGCUCCAAGCCCACGUAUUCGCUCCCAGUCGCCAUUUUCGUCUCUCAAAUCCCAUCUCUCUCUCUCUCUCUCUCUCCAAAUCUCUCCCGGCGAGUUCUUCGCUCAAAAUCUUCGGAACCCAUUUCUUCUUUUUACUCUUUCCCCCCAUAAUUUCGAUUCUUUCAUUUUGAUUUCUCUCCCCUUUACUGUAACGCAAUUCUCAGCAUCAUCACACCUCAAUUACACAAUCCCUAGUUUUCCAAUUUUCAUCUCCCUCCCUUUUCAUCAGUCUUCCCCGCCCUUUAUUCAUGGCUUCCUCUUCUUUCUCUGCUUAGUUGAACAAGACCCACCUCUGAUUUCAGAAGAGGAAAGUGGUAUUUAUUCAAGAUUCAAGGAAAAUGGAGGGAUAUGCAUGGGUCUGGAGGUGAGAGGUGGAAACAGAGGCGGCACAUGUGGCCGGUCCAUUCUAAUUCGACAGCUGUAGCUUGCGAAUUGUCCGCCCCAGAUUUCUUUCUCAAAGAUGGACGCAAAAUCCAUGUUGGUGAUUGUGCUCUUUUCAAGCCACCUCUAGAUUCCCCUCCUUUUAUUGGAAUUAUACGUUCAUUCAAGUCGGACAAGGAGACGAAUUUAAGGUUAGAUGUGAAUUGGCUUUACCGGCCUGCUGAUGUGAAGCUCCCAAAAGGAUUAUCGUUAGAUGCUGCGCCGAAUGAGAUCUUUUACUCAUUUCAUAAAGAUGAGAUACCUGUCGCAUCAUUACUUCAUCCUUGUAAAGUUGCUUUCCUUCGCAAAGGCAUUGAACUUCCGUCGAGCAUUUCCUCAUUUGUGUGCAGAAGAGUGUAUGACACUGAUAACAAGUGUUUAUGGUGGUUAACCGAUAGAGAUUAUAUUAAUGAACGUCAAGAAGAAGUAGAUCAACUAUUAGAAAAGACAAGGCGAGAAAUGCAUGGGGUGGUGCAGUCUGGAGGCCGUUCACCAAAGCCCUUGAAUGGUCCACUUCCAGCCGUGCAGCAAAAAUCUGGUUCAGAAAGUAUACCAAAUAGUUCUUCUCUCACUUCUCACAUUAAAAGCAAGAAAAGGGAACGAGGUGAUCAGGGGUCUGAACCCACAAAGAGAGAGCGGUUAUUUAAAACAGAAGAUGGAGAAUUCGGUCAGUUUAAAUCAGAAAGUACGCUAAAGAAUGAGAUUGCUAAAAUUACUGAUAAAGGAGGACUUAUUGACUUUGAGGGGGUUGAAAAUUUUGUCAAACUUAUCCAACCUGACAGUUCUGGUCAGAAAUUAGACUUGGCCGAUCGAGUGAUGCUUGCUGAUGUUAUAGCAGUCACUGAUAGGAUUGAUUGUCUAGGAUGGUUUUUGCAGCUCAGGGGUUUGCCUGUAUUAGAUGAAUGGCUUCAAGAAGUUCGUAAGGGUAAAAUUUUUGAUGGUAAUGGCACGAAAGGAAGUGUUAAAACUGUAGAGGAUUUUCUUUUGGCUCUACUUCGUGCCUUGGAUAAACUUCCUGUGAAUCUCAAUGCUCUUCAGAGUUGUUAUAUAGGUAAGUCUGUGAAUCAUUUACGUACUCAUAAAAAUGCUGAAAUUCAGAAGAAAGCAAGGAGUUUGGUAGAUACCUGGAAGAAACGUGUGGAAGCUGAGAUGGAUGUUAAUGAUGCAAAGUCUGAAUCCAGUCAUGGUGUCUCAUGGCCUUCUAAAUCUGGGCCUUUAGAAGUUUCUCAAUUAGGGAGCAAAAAGGCUGGAGGGUCUGGUGAUGAUUGCGUAAAGAGCUCUACACAUUCUAACAUGUUUAAACAUUCUCAAGCUAAAUUCUGUCCCACUGAAAUGGUUGGCAAAUCAUCUGCAUCGUCGAGCAGCAUGAAGUCUUCUUCAAGCAUGGUUGCUUCAUCAAGGGAUUAUAACUUUAAAACACUAGUUGGGGGGAACUCAGAUCUUCCUUUGACUCCUAUAAAGGAGGAGAGGAGCAGCAGUUCAAGUCAUUCCCAAAAUAACAGUCAGUCAAGUGAUCAUGCAAAAACUGUAGCAUCUUCAUGCAAAGAAGACACUAGGAGCUCAAAUUCUGGUUCAGGAAGUGUUAGCAAAGUUUCUGUGGGUGCUUCUCGCCAUCGGAAGCCUAGCAAUGGUGUUCAUUUGAAUACUCUCACAGGAACACACAAGGUAUCUGGGUCUGGAAAACUUAAUGCCCUAAAUAAGAAUUUGACUUCUGAAAAGGCCUCUACUGCAUCACAUGAGAAAUCUCCAGAUGCGUCACUUGUUGAACAUGGAUAUAGUCGACUUGUUGUAAAGUUGCCAAACACCUGCAAAAAUCCAGUGGGAACUUCUAGGGUUGUCACAGAGGAUCAAGUUGUUUCAUGUCACAAAGGAUCUCUUCAUGAUGAGGCAGGUGAUAACCAUGAAAAGAAAGCUAAAGGCAGAAGCUAUUUGCUUGGGGCUAGUUUUGCAACUGAAGUAAACUCAGAUAAAUGUCAUAAGAAAGAUCAAUUUCUCAGCUCAGAGGAGGGUAAAGAGGUAGCUGCCAGCAACGAACAAGGCAGGCUUGCUGCGGCCAAUGAAGGGCAAUCAGAAACCAAUGCUUCAUUGACUGGAAUUAUAUCUAGACCUGGAAAAACUUAUGAUGCUUCUCUAAGCUCCAUAAAUGCCUUGAUUGAAAGCUGUGUUAAAUUUUCUGAGUCUAAUACAUCAUCAUCACCAGGGGAUGUUGUAGGGAUGAAUCUUCUUGCGAGCGUGGCUACUGGGGAAAUAUCUAAAUCUAAUAAUGCAUCGCCGUUGGAUUCUCCUCAGGAACGAUCACCUAUGGCAGAAGAAUCUUCUGAUGGCAAUGAUGGACAAUUGAAAAAUUUGCCUGAAGAGAUUAAAUGUGAUGAAGAUGAUGCUAAUGGUGGGGCUGGGGGUCGCUCAUCUUCUGAGCCUCUUGACAGCAAUAACAUGUUGCAUGAUAGAAAUGGAUCUCAUCCUGCCUCGACCUCAGCUGACUCUCCUAAAGAUGGAAGAGGUGUUGCAUUUGGCUCUUCAAGGGAACAUAUUAUUCCAUCAAAUGCUCAGCAAAACAUGGAGAGGACGCCUUCAAAUUGUGAUGCAAAACCUUAUGCUGAAGAAUGCAAUGCCUCUGUAGCUGUUGGUUCUUCAUACGGUGUGGAAGAAGGUAAUUCAGACACUGUGGAAACAAAUCAGCUUUCUGAUCAAAAUGAACUAGAGCAAUCAAGGUCGCUUCUAGUACAAGACUCAUUAUUGGAAGAGUGUACCCAACUCCGUGAAAAUGAAAUAUUGGACCAAACUGAUGACAGAGCGACAGAUAGUGGAGUGGUUUUGAAAUCAGAAGUAAAAACUACAUCAGCUCUCGAAGAUGAUAAGCAAUUGGAUGAAAAGACGCCUUGUUUAUCUUCACAAUUAAGUGGUGGCGAUGUUCAGACCCAUGCAGACUUAGAUAGCGGCAGUGGAAUGGAAGAGAAACUGUCAUCUACACCUGAGAUUCACGCAGACUCUCAGGAGGAAAAAAUUGAGACUGCUACGAUGGUUCCUGAUGCCAAUUCUUUUGAUGCAGAAUUUAAGGAUAAAAAAUCAAAUAUUGUGAGCUCAGAAAUUCAUGUUAAUCAGAUCGGGAAACAGACAAUGAUUCAGGUUCCUCCUCUGUCAGAUCGGAAAGAUGAUUGUGCAGUGCAGGAUUUGGGAAGAACAGAUGGCAUUAAUAGUUGUUGUGGUGGGGUUUCUAUGCACGUGGAAUCUCCCGCCAUUCCCUUACCAGAAAAUGAUCAGGAUGAGAAAUUAAGUUUAAAUAUUCCCGAGUCGACUGGAACCAAAGACCAUGUCACUAGUGCAAAUCCUUCACUUUCUGCUCCAAGGUCAGACACAGUGGUAAAGCUGGAUUUUGAUUUAAAUGAAGGUUGUUCUGUGGAUGAUGUGACACAAGACGAUGUUAUUGGAAGUUCCUCUUCUGUUCAGCUGCCCAUUUUCACACCUUUCUCCAUCCCUUCAGCAUCAGAAAGCUUCCCUGUUUCAGUUACUGUGGCUUCUGCUGCAAAAGGAUCAGUUGUUCCACCAGCGAACUCCCUAGCAAAUAAAGUUGAACUUGGAUGGAAGGGUUCAGCUGCUACAAGUGCUUUUCGCCGGGCUGAACCACGAAAAAAUCUUGAAAUGCCACUCAGCUUGAGUGAUGUACCUCUUGUUACUACCACUAGCAAGGAGGGGCGCCCACCUUUGGAUUUUGACCUGAACGUGCCGGACCAGAGACUCCUAGAAGAAGUUGCUUUGUCGUCAAAUGUACCGUGGAAAGCAAGUGUUGAUCUAGGGCUUUGUGAUCGAGGUGGUGGACUUGAUCUUGAUUUGAAUAAAGUUGAUGAAAGUCAUGAUGUGGGCCCAUGUUCUAUUGGCAGGAAUAGGUUAGAGCUCCCCAUUUCAAGUAGACCAUUUGUUUCUGGUGGUUCAGGGAAUUGUGGGUUCAGUGCCUCCAGAAACUUCGAUUUGAACAAUGGUCCUUCCCUUGAUGAAAUGGGGGCAGAAACAGUACCUCUCAGUCAGCAGAAUAAAAACUACAUGCCAUUUUCAUCACUUCUCCCUGGAAUGAAGGUGAACUCUGGAGAAAUUGGGAACUUCUAUUCUUUGUUUCCUCAGGGUAAUUCAUAUUCAGCAUUAACGGCGAUCCCAUCAGUCUUGCCAGGUAGAGGAGAACAAAGCUAUGUUCCUGCUGCUGUAUCUCAGAGAGUGUUUGCUCCCCCUACAGGCACAGGAUUCACUGCUGAAAUUUAUCGUGCACCAGUGCUUUCUUCCUCUCCUGCUUUGGCAUUUCCACCUGCUAACUCCUUUACUUAUUCUGGGUUCCCUUUCGAAACUAGUUUUCCUGUACAAUCGAACAACUAUUCAGGUUGUUCUACAUCCUACAUGGAUUCAUCCCCUGGCUGUUCGCUUGGAUUCCCUACCAUUACUUCUCAUUUAUUAGGGCCAGCUGGGGUAGCCCCUACCCCUUAUUCAAGGCCGUUCAUUAUGAGUUAUCCAACCGGAAGUAGUGCUGUUGGUCCUGAGAUUGGAAAAUGGGGAAGCCAGGGUUUGGAUCUUAAUGCAGGUCAUGGGAUUAUAGAUAAAGAAAGACUUGAUGAAAAGUUGCCUUUAGCAUCGAGACAACUUUCAGUUCCCAGUACGCAGCCUUUUGCUGAUGAGCAGCUCAAGAUGUUUCAGAUAGGUGGUAUGCACAAGAGAAAAGAACCCGACAGUGGCUUAGAUGGUUCUGCUAGGUUUAACUACAAACAACAAUGAGUGAGGGCAGCAGCAUUUCAUUGUGGUCACCAACCAAGUCCUGGCCAAAGAAUUACAGACCAAGAAAAAGAACACAGUAUACGUGCUAAUAGUGGCACCAAUAAUAAAAAACUGUUUACGAUGGGGCUGGCGUACUGUUCCCUCUCAAAUGUUGCAGCAACGUCGCUGGUUUUCAGGCAGCUGAAUUUUUCUCUGUGGUGGACACAUUUCGACAGAUUCGUUUCACUAAAAAGCAGACGAGGUUUCAUUUGUGUAAAUAUCUAACUUAAUAGAAAGCAAAGCAAAAGGAAGUUGCUGUGUAGAAAGCUAAUGAAUGGCGUCCGACAUGUGGUCGAUUGCCAUCCAUUCAGACACCUUCACCUUGGAAACAGAAGUGGAUGUAAGAACUUUUGGAGGUUGUGGCCGGCCUUUGUCAGUGAUACUCAAAGCUGUGUUCUCCCUUACAUAUGUAGUUAUUACUUCAUUCUUACCGUUAGGUUCUCUUUUACACUCUUUAUUCAUAGUAAUACACAGAUCCCUUUUCUCUCUUGCUCA